CGUGUUCAACUCAUAUUUAUUUAUUCUUUGAUUUAACGAGAAACAACUGAGAAACCAAAAUAUGACAGUAAUCUGUUCCGUAGAGUAAAUAAAGUACUAGGUAUAUGAUCUUUAGCUAAAGAUAAAGGCUGAUCUGACCUGUGAACUUUGAAACUUUGGUGGUGAUAAUGUAUUUGUAAUAUAAUUUUGUUUGGGAAAUGAAAGAAGACUUUUGAUUAGUUUUAUUCGAUUAAAAUGGCAGUUAAGUCUUAUUUUUCUAUAGCUCUUCAUACGAAAAGGUUAGUGCGCAGGCUGCCAUGCGGGCGGGCCAGGGGCAUGUCCCAGCAGGCGGGCCCCAGGAUAACCACGCACUACUCCGUGGUGCCCCGGGAGACCGACCCCCGCUGGCAAGGGGUGGACAUGGAGCGCUGCACGGACGAGGCUGACGUGGUGGUGGUGGGGGGCGGGCCCGCGGGACUGGCCACGGCCAUCAGGCUGAAGCAGCGCGCCGCCGCCAGUGGCACGGAGCUGCGCGUGUGUCUCGUCGAGAAGGCCGCGGAGAUCGGGGGACACAUCUUGUCGGGGGCCUGCAUCGACCCGGUGGCGCUGGACGAGCUGGUGCCGGACUGGAAGGACAAGGGCGCGCCACUGCACACCCCGGUGACCGCCGACAGGUUCGGCCUGCUCACAGAGUCCUCCCGGGUCCCCGUGCCCGUGCUCCGAGGCACGCCGCUGGACAACCACGGCAACUACGUGGUGCGCCUGGGCCACGUGGUGCGCUGGCUGGGGCAGCAGGCGGAGGCCCUGGGGGUGGAGCUGUACCCCGGCAUCGCCGCCGCAGAGCUGCUCUUCCGCCCGGACGGCAGCGUCGCGGGCAUCGCCACCAACGACGUGGGCGUGGCCAAGGACGGCUCCCCCAAGGAGAACUUUGAGCGGGGGAUGGAGCUGCACGCCCGGUGCACAGUGUUUGCGGAGGGCUGCCACGGCCACCUGGCCAAGCAGCUGAUGGCGCGGUACAGCCUGCGCGAGGCGUGCGAGCCGCAGACGUACGGCAUCGGCCUGAAGGAGCUGUGGGAGGUGGAGCCCGACAAGCACCGGCCGGGCACCGUGGAGCACACCAUGGGCUGGCCGCUGGAUCGCCACACCUACGGGGGUUCGUUCCUGUACCACCUGAACGAGCCCACUCCUCUGGUUGCCAUUGGCUUCGUGGUGGCCCUGGACUACGCCAACCCGUACCUGAGUCCCUUCCGGGAGUUCCAGCGGUUCAAGCACCACCCGUCCAUCCGGCCCGUCCUGGAGGGCGGCAAGAGGAUAGCGUAUGGGGCGCGGGCCUUGAACGAGGGCGGCCUGCAGUCCAUACCCAGGCUCUCCUUCCCCGGGGGCUGCCUGGUGGGGUGCUCCGCCGGCUUCCUCAACGUGCCCAAGAUCAAGGGCACGCACUACGCCAUGAAGAGUGGCAUGCUGGCCGCUGAUGCCGUGUUCGACGCCGUGCGCGGAGACGGUGCCUCGUCACAGGCUGCAGGCGUGGAGCCCCGGAGCUACGAGCAGCAGCUGCGGAACAGCUGGGUGUGGUCGGACCUGCACAAGGUGCGCAACGUGCGGCCGUCCUUCCACAACCCGCUGGGCCUGUACGGGGGCGUGCUCUACUCCGGCCUCAGCCUGCUGCUGGGGGGCAGGGAGCCCUGGACGCUGCGGCACGGCGCUGCGGACGCCAGUCGGCUGAGGCCGGCGGCGGAGUGCGCGCCCAUCGACUACCCCCGGCCGGACGGCAGGAUCAGCUUCGACCUGCUGUCGUCGGUGGCGCUGACGGGCACCAAUCACGAGGGGGACCAGCCCCCGCACCUCACCCUGCGCGACGACUCCGUGCCGGUGCGCGCCAACCUGGCCGUGUACGACGGGCCCGAGCAGAGGUUCUGCCCCGCAGGAGUGUACGAGUUUGUGGCGACGGAGGACGGCAGCGGUCAGCGCCUGCAGAUCAACGCCCAGAACUGCAUCCACUGCAAGACCUGCGACAUCAAAGACCCCAGCCAGAACAUCAACUGGGUGGUGCCCGAGGGGGGUGGUGGCCCGGCCUACGACGGCAUGUAGCACCACCCCCCGCCCUGCUGCAUUCCUCGGGGUAGCAACCUCUCCACACCACGUCCACGACAAGUUGUUUUGCUGCGGGUAAUUGAAGCUUAAAUGAGAAAAUUUUUACCAGUUGCUAACUUAUGAGACAAGUCAUUUAUAUAUUGGCAGUUACUCUGAAACUACUGUGAUUUACAUUAUUCUUCUCACACUCAUAUUCCUUUGUAUUAAAUAUUAUUAAAAGUUAAUCUGUGGUUUCA